AUGCUUUUGAAACUUUUGGCGACCUUACCGGUCUCAGCAGCAUUCUAUAUAGGACCGUUGAACUUGGAUGAUGGUGUUUUUGCUCGUGACGGUUCUUCUUGUCCUUCAAAUCUUCCACUUUCUUGUACCAAUUCGACCCCGGUAGCCGACACGUGUUGCUUUGAAGCUCCUGGAGGUGUUCUUUUGCAGACCCAGUUCUGGGACUACAAUCCAGCCGUGGGUGCCGACGAUGAAUGGACUUUGCAUGGACUUUGGCCAGAUAACUGUGAUGGUACUUAUGCUCAAUUCUGUGACAAUUCUCUCGAAAUUCAAGGAAGUAUCGAGAAUAUUGUCAAGAAUGAGUUCAAUGAUCCCGACUUGUACAACACCAUGUCGAAAACAUGGAAAAGCAACAAUGGAAAUGACGAUUCUUUGUGGCUACAUGAAUUUAACAAACACGGAACUUGUAUCAACACAAUUAGACCAAAGUGUUAUUCAAACUACAAGUCAGACGAGAACAUCUAUGAUUACUUUCGCAUUGCUGUUGAUCUCUACGAAAAGUUGCCAACCUACAAGUUUUUGACCGAUGCUGGUAUUACUCCUAGCAACUCCAAAACCUAUACCAAGAGCCAAAUUGCGAAAGCAUUAAGUGACAACUUUUCUGGAAAACAAGUCUACUUCAAAUGUGACAAUAACCAGGCCCUUCAAGAAGUAUGGUACUUCCAUCACCUUCAAGGCUCGCUUCGGGGACAAAAUUUCAAGCCAAUGGACACCCUUUCCAGCGCCAGAUGCCCAGACUCAGGAAUCAAGUUUUUGCUUAAAAGUGGCUCCAACGCUCCUCCAAACCCUCCAGGAGGUGGUGACUCCUCUAAGGGCUACAUUAAGCUCCUGGAUAAACCUGGAUGUCUUAUCUCCAACGGUAAAUACUAUACAUCUGGAACUUGUGCUACCUACCAAAUUGCUAAACUGGAGUUUGGGGGUUCAACUAUCAAGUCCUCUAAGGGAUACUGUGGUAUUGACAGUAAUGGAGACUUCAACUGUAAUGGAUCCAACCAAGCUUCAAAAUUUCAGUUCCAAGUCGAUUCUGAUAACAAGAUUUCUUACGGUGGAAAGUCCCAAUGGUGUCUUGAUACCGACCGUCAAACUGGCUCUGGUAGCACUGCUCAAGUACCAAUCACCUUGAAUGGCAAUUGUGACGAUCCAUUUUCCAUCACCCUUCUGUCAUAA